AUGAUGGUGUGCAGGACGACGAAGAAGAAGAAGAAGAAGAAGAGACAGAGAGAGAGACGGAGAGAGAGAGAGAGAGAGAGAGAGAGAGAAAUAAAAAAAACAAUUAACAAACGAGGAAAAGGAAAAACAGAGAAAAGAGAGAAGGAGAGGAGAAAAGAAGGUGCAGAAAGAGGACAAAGUGACAGAGCGAGGAGAGAAAAGAGAGAAAAAGAGAGAGAGAUGAAAGUACGAUUCAGGCAGCAUGAUUCUGGGUUGUGGUUUUUACUGUCGAGAGUGUGUGUUGUGAGUCGUUACCGUUGA